GAAUUAUCAGGGCUCAGGACAGUCUCUUAAUUUAAGAAAAAAAAAUUUUAAAAGAAGUUUUGAAUGAAGUCUUUCCGUAUCUUACUAGUAUAUAACAGUCCUAAAUUUAUGGGAAUAAAUCGAAAAAAGGUUAAAUUGACAUGCUACCUUUGAGACUUUCCUCAUCGAUGAUUCCUAGAUCAUCUAGAUAGGUAGUCGAUGUCUGUAGGCUGGGCGUCUGCGGAAAGGCAGCCUCGUGGUGCCUUCCUCUGAGGAGACCCAAGAAAGGAAAGCGGCGGUCGGGUCUCGACGGCAGCUGCUCGCUUAUCUGUGCAGUCUGCCUUUGAGCUGUCUCUUUGAAGUCCCGAGGUCUGUUCUCUGACUGCCAACCCGUACGUUUCUGCGGGCGAGUAUCGUGUCCGCCCCGUCAUGGCUCAGCUCCAAACACGCUUCUACACGGAUAACAAGAAAUAUGCAGUAGAUGAUGUUCCCUUCUCAAUCCCUGCCGCCUCUGAAAUUGCUGACCUUAGUAACAUCAUCAAUAAACUGCUGAAGGACAAAAAUGAGUUCCACAAACAUGUGGAGUUUGAUUUCCUUAUCAAGGGCCAGUUUCUGCGAAUGCCCUUGGUCAAACACAUGGAACUGGAAAGCAUUUCAUCAGAAGAGGUUGUGGAACUAGAAUAUGUGGAGAAGUACACUGCACCCCAACCAGAGCAAUGCAUGUUCCAUGACGACUGGAUCAGUUCAAUUGAAGGGGCAGAGGAAUGGAUCUUGACUGGUUCUUAUGAUAAGACUUCUCGGAUCUGGUCCUUGGAAGGAAAGUCAAUAAUGACGAUUGUGGGACACACAGAUGUUGUAAAAGAUGUGGCCUGGGCGAAAAAAGAUGGUUUGUCUUGCUUAUUACUGAGUGCCUCUAUGGAUCAGACUAUUCUCUUAUGGGAGUGGAAUGUAGAGAGAAACAAGGUGAAAGCCCUACACUGCUGCAGAGGUCAUGCUGGAAGUGUAGAUUCUAUAGCUGUUGAUAGCUCAGGAACUAAAUUUUGCAGUGGCUCCUGGGAUAAGAUGCUAAAGAUCUGGUCUGCAGUCCCUACAGAUGAAGAAGAUGAAAUGGAAGAAUCCACAAAUCGACCAAGAAAGAAACAGAAAACAGAGCAGUUGGGACUAACAAGAACUCCCAUGGUGACUCUCUCAGGCCAUAAGGAAGCAAUUUCCUCAGUUCUAUGGUCAGAUGCUGAAGAAAUCUGCAGUGCGUCUUGGGACCACACAAUCAGAAUGUGGGAUGUUGAGUCUGGCAGUCUUAAGUCAACUUUGACAGGAAAUAAAGUGUUUAAUUGCAUUUCCUAUUCUCCACUUUGUAAACGUUUAGCAUCUGGAAGCACAGAUAGGCAUAUCAGACUAUGGGAUCCCCGAACUAAAGAUGGUUCUUUGGUGUCGCUGUCCCUAACCUCACAUACAGGAUGGGUGACAUCAGUAAAGUGGUCUCCUACUCAUGAACAGCAGCUGAUUUCAGGUUCUUUAGAUAACAUUGUCAAGCUGUGGGAUACAAGAAGUUGUAAGGCUCCUCUCUAUGAUCUGGCUGCUCAUGAAGACAAAGUUCUGAGUGUAGACUGGACAGACACAGGGCUACUUCUGAGUGGGGGCGCAGACAAUAAAUUGUAUUCCUACAGAUAUUCACCUACUACUUCCCAUGUGGGAGCUUGAACAUGAAUGAUAAUUUGAUUAUAGAGAUUUGUUCUAUAAAUGAAAUCGGUAGAGAAUCAUGAAAUUACAUUGCCACAGAUGUAGAAAGCAGCCUUUUAGGUUCAAAUGUGUAUGUUUUCACCCUUUGUGAUGAUUAGCCUCACUUUUUCUUUAUUUUGUAUUUAUAGUACAAUAGUUUGUGUUUAAUAAAGUAUAAAAUGUGGCCUACUUUGUCUACCCUGUACAAACUCUUAAAAUAAAACUGACUUUUAAAAUUUCUUUUUAA